AUGAAGUCCAUAGAGGUUCAAGUGGGACAAUUGGCAACAACUAUUGGUUCUCAGCAGAAAGGGAAUUUCUCUAGUGACAUAGAAAUAUUCAAGAAGAUUAACAUCAAAUUUUCAUUUAUUGAUGCUCUUGAGAAAAUGCCCAAUUAUAUCAAGUUUAUGAAGGAGGUUAUGUCAAAGAAAAGAAAUUUUGAGGAUUAUGAAAUUGUGAAGCCUACUGAGGAAUGUAGUGUCGUACUUCAGAAAAAGUUGCCACAACAACUAAAGGAACUAGGUAGCUUAACUACUCCUUGUAAGAUUUGGGAAUCUUCAUUUGAUAAGGCUUUGUGUUACCUUGGUGCUAGUAUUAAUUUGAUGUCGUUAUCAAAUUUUAAGAAGUUGGGUCUUGGGGAGGUAAAGCCUACAAGCAUUACUUUACAACUUGCUAAUCGUUCUUUUAAAUAUCCACAUGGUGUUAUAGAAGAUGUCUUAGUUAAAGUGGAUAUGUUUGUAUUUCCUACUGAUUUUGUGGUGUUGGAUAUGGAGGAGGACCAUGAGAUUCCAUUGAUUUUUGUUCGCCCUUUCUUAGCCACUAGUGGAGCACUUAUUGAUGUAUAA